AUGGAGAUAAAUCCACCAACCUCCGAGUUAAUGUCGCCGGUCCAUAGUUUCCCCAACCGGUUCUUUAGCAGCGACUUCCAAAAUGAUGAGGAAUUUAAUGCUCCAGCUUCUGUAUACACUUAUAUGCAUGUUGAUUGUUCGCGAUCAUCUGAAGCCCCUGUUAGAUCACCGGAUGUUGUCAUCUCCAACAAUUUCAUGAACAGCGCUUUUAAUGAUGGCCAGGUUAUGGAUAAUGAAGAAGCAUCCCAAGAUUCCCAUAUGCAGCUCAUGCCUGGUGCUGUUUCUGGAUCAUCUCAUGGUCCUUCUCUGUUUGCUGAAUCAUCACGCGACCAGUUAGACGGUUGGCCAUCGAAUCCAUACUUCGUUUUUGAUACCCCUCAGGGAACCCGUUACUGGAUUCCUAACGUCGCUGAUAAGUUCAUACCAGUGUGUGGGAAAUCUUAUCCAACUUUUGCGGAUGUUCUUUCCAUGUAUGAACUUUAUGCGUUUGAAGCAGUUCUGAGUUUCAAUGAUAUUCAUAAUCAUGAACUUGUUGAGAGUUACAACCGUGAUCUUAGCAAGAUAUCACGGAAGCUGUCAUUCUCCACCAAACAAUUCAUUCACAAUAUGAGUCUAAACCGUAUCGGACCCAUGAGAGCUUAUAGAUGUCUUGUAGCUUUAAAAGGAGGGCAUCACAAUGUCAAUGGGACUCCGGUGGAUUUUAAAAACUUUAGCCACCAGUUGCGAAUUUUUAUUGGUGAACGCGACGCACAAGUUUUCCUCGAACACCUGCGUGAGCGCUUUGACAACCUACCCAACUUCUAUUUUGAUUACACUGUAUCAAAUGGAAAGUUGUCUUCUGUAUUCUGGGCUGAUGAGAUUUCAAAGCUAAACUACAAAGCUUUUGGCGAUGUCCUCACGUUUGACGCAACUUAUAGCACUAACAGGUACAAGAUGGUUUUUGUGCCAUUCACGGGUGUGGAUCAUCAUUUCCAAUGUGUUACAUUUGGAGCGGGUUUGAUAUCAACCGAGUCCAUUGAAUCUUAUGUGUGGUUGCUUAAGGCUUUCUUGAAGGCACACGGUACUCAACCAACUCUCGUGCUGAGUGAUCAAGACCCAUCCAUGCUACAAGCUAUUCCUAUGGUCUUUACCGAAUCACGACACCGUCUAUGCAUGUGGCAUAUAAUGAAAAAACUACCCUCCAAGAUCUCUGCGGACGUUCUCGAUAACACUGAUCUUCGGUCCUGCAUUCACCGGUUGGUUUGGAAUGUUUAUAUCAAACCUGAAACGUUUGAGUCCCGCUGGAAUGACCUCCUACAAACAUUUGGACUUCAAGACCACAGCUGGUUGAACGACAUGUACAACAUCAAACAUCUUUGGGUACCAGCGUACUUCAGGGAACUGCCCAUGUGUUGCUUAAUGAAGACCACUUCACGCUGCGAAAGCUCUAACGCUGCCUUCAAGGUCAACUCAACAAGCGCAAACACCCUUGUACAAUUUAUGAUGUGCUUUGAAAAUAGGGUAGACAGCCAACGAUAUCGGCAGCGUGUAUCGGAGUACAAAACCUCAUCCACCAUGUUUACUGGCAAUACUGAUUUAGCGAUAGAACAACACGCGUUCCCAUUUACACAAACGCUGUUUUCGCGCAAGUUCAAAAGGAGAUAA